UGUGGCUUUCCCAUGCUGCAGUUAGUGGAUGCUGCAAAAAGCACCUUGUUUCGAGGGAGCUUCAUUGGAAUUGGGCGAUAAGUGAACAUUCGGCUACAUAAUUCCUACACGCUUUUUGUGGGAAUGUUCUUGCCUGGGAAUCCCACCUCCUUGUUGACGAAUCGGUCUUUAAUUGCUAUGCUAAUCGUAAGAUUGAUAAUGCUCAAUGUGUGCUAAUCAUCAUCAUGAGCGAAACAGUAACAAAAACAGGCGCACAAACUCUCCAAACAAUUAGUCUCAUUAUAAUUCUGAUAAGCUUUAUUUACACGCCACGGGUUGACUAUAAAAGAAGAUUGGCAUUGUCCGUUGUGGCACAGUAUCAUUCUGCAGUACCAAAGCGAUCGGUUCUAGCGCACCAUGCUUGUUUACAAAAUAAUCCUGUGCUGUGUGUUGUUUGCAUCAAGAAAAAUCGCCUGCAACGAACGCAAUGUAACAGCACCGCUUUUAAACGGGCUGGCGUUUGAAUUGCUUGCAACAAAGCUAGAAUAUCUUCAGGACAAGUUGAUCGAGAUAGAAUCUGCGGCGAAGAACGCCGAUCAGCAGCUUUCCGAGGCAAUCGAUGAGCUGAGCAGGACGGUGCAGAAUCAUUUCAACAGAACGGAGCAUACAGCAAACGCCAACCACGAACAGAUGGGGCAAAAGAUCCAGGCGUUUGCAACGAAAGCAGACCUUGCGUGGUUGAAGAUCGAUUCGGGCUUGUAUCUUCGAAACUUCUCGCUUCGUUCGUGCAAAGAGGAACCAUCAAAGCAAUCGGGAAAGUACAUCAUGCAGGCCACCAUAUACGAUACACCGUUCCUGGGAUAUUGCGAACAGAGCAGCUUCGGAGGCGGAUGGCUGGUGGUGCAGUACCGGUACGACGGAGCGUUGGACUUUUACCGCGACUGGGCAGAGUAUCGCAAUGGGUUCGGAAGCACGGAUGGAGAGUUCUGGCUCGGGUUGGAGCAUCUGCAUCAGCUGACGGCGACACGAAAGCAUGAGCUGGUGGUAGAACUAAAAGACUUCGAUGGAAACUACGUGUAUGCACGGUACGAUGAGUUCGCGAUCGACAGUGAGACGGGUCAAUAUCGGCUUAUGAAGCUGGGAUCGUACACAGGAACGGCGGGAGACGGGUUGAACUACCAAAGCGGCAUGAAGUUUACGACAAAGGAUCGGAAAAAUGAUCUUCACCCAUUUCUAAACUGUGCUGCCCAUCAUGCGGGUGGUUGGUGGUAUAGGGACUGCGCUAAAUCCAACCUUAACGGAGGCUACAUAAAAGGAGAGACGCCGAAGGGAAUGUUUUGGGUUACGUACAAACCGUCCGGUCUAGCGUACUCAAGAAUGUUAAUUCGCGAAAUAUAACACCACUGCUGUGCGCUGUAUCAAUAAAAGAUGAGCCAAAGAGUCAAUUUCAAGACGGAUGCAUAGAUCUUCACGCAAAAUGUGCAAAUUUGUCAUGUGAAAAAGGAAAGAAAG